GAUAUUGUAUUCUUCGUUCACUUAAGCAGCCAGCUACAAUGAACCUUAAAUUAAAUUUUCCGUUUACUUCCCCAUUUAAUGAAGCAAUCGGCUUUUAAUAAUUUUUUUAACGCUAGCGUUGAUUGUAACUAAACCCUCGAUUAUUAUCAGACAUAAUAAGCUCAAUGAAAUGUAAAAUGGCGCAGAAUGAAUUAAACUUAAUUUAUGUGAGAUCAAUUUUGUUUUUUUUUAAGGUUACUGGUGACUCGAGAUCUUGCCAGUUUCAUCAGUACAGGUAUGUGCGAGCACAGGCGUAGCCGAGAGGGGUGGAGUAUGCUAACAGCUGUCCGAGCGCCCAUGAAGGAGACGCAUCAGCUCAAGGGCAGCUGCUUCGCGAAUGUAUCUACUACCGGAUCGACAUCGCGAUUCGGUGCGGAGAUCAGGAGAGAAACUCAGCAGGCUGAUGUUAUGGGUUUGGUUUCGUUUCAAAAUAUCUCAGGAGUUAGGAUUUUUUUUAUUGCUUAGAUGGGUGGACGAGCUCACAGCCCACCUGGUGUUAAGUGGUUACCGGAGCCCAUAGACAUUUACAACGUAAACGCUUCACCCACCUUGAGAUAUAAUUUUUAGAACUUAUAUCUACUUAACUUAAGUUAAGUAAAGUUACUAAGAUACCUAUGGCUGCUCCUAGUUUUACAAAUGUACGACAAUACAAUAAUUUUAUAAAUUUCUAUCUUUUUCGUAAUGUUUUAAUCCGACCUAAAGAUUAAGAGCGUUUAGUUACCUGUAAGAGUAAUUUAAAUUACUAUCGCGAAUGACGAAUUUGUCUUUAAAAAGUGUGCUUAUCUAAACAGCUAUGAACUAUUUGUUACAUUUGGUGUUGUUCUUGUUUUUGCUAUUAUAUUUUCAAAUUACAGUAGAAAACAACGCAAGCUUCUUCGUUUUAGUUUGUAGGUAUAUAUACAAAGGCGUGUUUAUUUAUUUAUUUAAAGCAAUACGUUUAUUAUUUAAAGCUGAUACUAUAUUAUACAUACGGUUUAAAACUAUUAUUUAUUCUUAAACUAUUGUCGCCAUACUUUUGGUGUUAUCGUAUCGAAUGAUGCUUUUUUUUUUCAAGAGAUAUUUUAUGUAGGUAAACAAAUAUAUAUAUUUUCACUCUAUCCCGAUUCUCGUACAUUACGUAAUGCACCUCUUAGGUCGAGUACGUAAAUAAAUUAACAAGACAUGUACAUGUGCUACAUGUGAUACAAGCUGAAUUUACGUUUUCAAUGAUGACGCGUGCCUAAUAGAUUUUAAAUUGAAGAAUGUUCUUUUAACAUGGAGGAAAUUAUUGAUGAUAAUAAAGUUAUUGAAAACGAUAACGAUUUGGAGCCUGAAUAUAAAUAUAAUUUCAUUAACAGACCAUGGGACGAUCGUUCAAUAAAAAGCAAAGUUUGUCUUGUAGCUUUAUUAAUUGCAAUAUUUACAGCUACUAUGGCCUGUGUCAUUAAUAACUUCGUAAUGCAUUAUCGAAGCUUCAAUUCUGCUACGAACUUAAACAGUGAAAUAAACUGCUUUAGAAUCAAAUUAAAUGAGUAUCCAUUUGUCGCAAGAAUACAUUCGUUAUCGUCGAAGAAAUUAAUAUGUGUCGGAGCGGUGGUUAGCCAGACUUCUGUCUUAGCAAGUGGAGUUUGCGUACAAAACGGUCCGAUUUUGGCCUACAUGGGAAGCAAUGCUAAUUCUCGCUGCAAGAAAGGUUUUCUUCUGGAAAUUAUAGAUUAUGUCAAACAUGAUGGCAUAGUAUCCAAGAGGCUAGUGCUAUUAUCGAGCCAGGAAAAUACGGCUGAAUGCGCAGUACCUAUUCGCAUUGGAUCGACUUUGGAUUGGAAAUCAAAGGUGCAGAUUAUUGGGAGGUCUUCAAACGUUGGUUGGACGUUAACCAGGCAGCUUGUCUCCCUAACUGAUAAAUAUUUUAAGAUACCGUACAAAAAUGUGAACAAACAUAGGAUGUUUUGUACAAAACAUUUGGCUAGGUGUCCAGUAAAGGCCGGUGAUCUUUUGAUACAGAGGGGCUUCUUGUUUGGACUUGCGACGACCAGUGUUCAAAUCAAAAGAAAUACUAAAGCUUGUUUUGCCAAUCUAACAGCGGUAAGGGGGGAGCUGGAUGAUCUCAAUCUGGGGAUAAAUUUUGAGUCAGUUGCUAUAGCGAGAACUAAUCUUAGUAAAACAUAAUUAAAUAGCAAUAAAAGAAGAUUAUUUUAAAGGAUUAAUAAGUUUAUUCAAGUUGAAAAUUUAAAGCGGUAGAUACUUCAGUAAUGUCUAUGAAGAUAAGUUCGUUUUCGACGACGUGAACGCGAAGAAACUCCUAUCGAUCCCAAAUCCACUUCUUCUGGGCAAGUAAAGCCUUUCCAGUCUUUGGUCGAAAUAUAAAUAACAAAAACAAUAAGGAAAGUUAAAACGGUGUACAGCAACAUACUGUGGCUCUGGUACACUUGCUUGAUUCCGUCUGCACUAAAUAAUAUUUUUAUACUAGAUUUUCCACGCAUUGUAAAUAAUAGUUUGUUUCCGAAGUAAAGUAUGGGUAUAAAAAUGUGCUUUCCUGAAGAUUAAUUGUAGGUACUAUUGUUGAUUCUAAAACUUUGACUAUUAAUUUUUGAGUUUUAUUAUAUAUCCGUAAAUUUGAAGAAAUAUUGUAGGUAAUCUUUACUUCUUGCACGUUUCAAAUAUAGACUUCAUUUUACAUAUUAUGUAGAAUAAUAAGCAAGCAGCAAACUGAAAGAAAAAGUUGUUCGUUAAAAUUUAUGCAGUUAUAUAGUUACCUAUUGGUAAAUUGGUGUAUCGUUGAAUGAUUAGAGACACGCUAAUGUGCAAAAAUUCUACGGUAUGCUUUCAUUAGUUCGUGUUGGCCGAUUCGUCGAGAAAUUCAGUGAUCAAUUAUAUUCUUAUAUAUUAUAAUAUAUAUAAAUUCUCAUUCAGGCGGGGAACGAAUAAAUUUUAAACAAACUACCGGCAUAGAUAUCGAUAUAAAAAUAGGCAAAGAUAGAAGUACCAUUUUCUGCUCGGUUUGUCAAGUGCUUUCUUUUGUUUUUUUUAGUUUAGUAGCUAUAAGCGAGUCUUAGUGUUCUUAAUAAACACCAACCGGGAAAUGAUUAGAUUUUUUAUGUGAUUAUGGUCGAUUUGUGGACGUGGUUUUAAGAGCGAUUUAAAAUGAGUUUUUGUCCUAAUCUUACCUUAAGGCUGUGAAUAGUAUGUUAUGAUAUUCUAUUAAACGGUGAAUAGAUUUUGUGGGUUUAUUUAAACUCGCAAAAAUAACACUGCCACAGGCCAUAGCUAUUCAAAAGAGUUUAUGGAAAUGGACUAAAUGGACGAAAUGGACUAAAGUAUCGAAAUGAAAUCGGACUAAAAUAAAUAAAUGGUAAAAAAUAUUGUUAAUGUUGAAAUUGAGAAAGUUUUAUAGUGUAUUUUUAUGUUUUACAUUUUUUAAUAACUUUUUUUUAAAUUAUUUUUUAAUGUUUUAAUAAUUUUAUAUUUAAUCAUUAGAUUCUAUUUAUAUCUACUAUAUUGCGCUUAAUUAAAUUUUGUCAUGUUGCUAACAGUACUUCAAUAAAAUAUAUAAUAAGUUUUGUUUAUUUUA